GGCUAUUUUUUUUCUCUCGUCGUGCCAYCGUCCUCGCCAACCCUAUUUCCUGUCCAACAUCAACAACGAGUGGGAUGGCAAGAAAAUCUUCUUUUGUCACGCAUCUKCCGUUGUGACCACGAAAGCGCAGAAAAGGUCAGAGAACGAUCGGCCAGGAUUUUUUGCAACCGUCGGACAAACAAUGACAGCGGUUGCAGGCGAUACAAAUCUUUUCAGGGGGAUUCCAAACGGAAACGGAAACAAUGACGACAGAAACGAAGGGGAGAAAUCGAUCGGGAUUUCGGGAUACCAAAGCGACUACAGUGACGACAAUAGAGAGCAGCCGCAGCUCCGAUACGGACACGGCGAAUMUUUUUUCUUUACGAGGUUUCAAUCGCCAGCCCGCAUUCGAAGAGCCUUCGAUGCCGUUCGCUCGAGGUCGUCCUUCCACUGGUUCGAGGGAAAGGAUGGACGAAAGGGAAAGGUAUCAACUACCAAGCUCGGAGGGGACUACGUCCUCGCUGAGAGCGAGCAGGUGGCCGUGGAUUGCAGCACCGAGGACGUCUUGCGUGCCUACCUAUCGGGGGACCUACAGGUAAAAUGGAGCGACGGCGACUUGUUGGAGACCUCUUUUACAAAAUGCAGAAAGCAACCAAGCGACCGGUGUGGCCCCGACCGCGGCUCCGGYGAGUUCGAUGCCCRUCUUCCGCGCGGCACAAAGCCAAAACGUCGCAACUUUCGGACAAGAGUGAUGUCGUCCUUUGAUAGAACAAGCAAUAUCGACGCGGAUUCUGACGGCAAGAAAACAACGAGCUACGUGCUGGAGAAAAYGCAAUCCAAUACGAGCAGCGACACUAACGUGAAUUACAGCGCAGCCAGCGAAAACAAUGGGAGCGACGAUAAAGACAAAAGGAGCAACGGUGAUGAAAAGCGUGAUUGGCAUUUUUAUCGCCAGGAUCUGCUUCUAAAAUCACAACGUGUCUUGUUCGGUCACACCGGGACCAUGAGAUACCAGCAAAUUGUCGAAAUCGACAAGAUCGGAAAAGACAACUAUUCAGCACURGUGCGUCUCUUGAAACCGAACGCCAAGGAGAAAAAUGGCGGCACACAAAUCCCGACGACAACUGCCAAAAAACCCUUCGAAUCUCUCCAUGUCUACGUUGGCCUGGAACAGGCCGGGAGCGACGUCAAGAUUUACGCCGCCGGGGUCUUCGAGGUCAAUCGAAAGGUUGUUCCUAAAAUCAUUGUCUUUGAUACGAGCGGAUUUGCUGGAUCUCUCGCCGGGAAGGGCACACUAUGGCUCUCGUCCUACUUCGAACAUUUUGCCCCCAAACGAAACUAGAACAAAGAAAGACAAAAGCGACAA